AUGCGUAGGUCUCUAUUCAUUCAAGUUGUGGAGGCAGUUACUACUAAACAACAUAAAUACUUCGACCAACUUCACGAUGCUACUGGGAAACUAGGAGCCACUCCUAUCCAGAAAUGCACAGCAGCGUUGAGGAUGCUAGCCUACUGGGUAGCAGCUGAUUCAAUUGAUGCAUACAUCAAAAUAGCUCAGUCAACUGCAAAAGCAAUCCUUGAUCACUUUGUUAAAGGGGUUCGAGAAGCAUUCACAGAAGAGUACUUGAGGAGGCUUACCGGUACAGAUUUGCAGCGCCUCCUAUAUGAUGGAGAAAGACGGGGUUUUCCGGGCAUGAUGGGAAGUAUAGAUUGCAUGUAUUGGCAAUGGAAAAAUUGUCCGCGUUCUUGGAAAGGAUUAUACCAAGGAAGGAGUAAAUCUGCAACGAUUAUUUUAGAAGUUGUUGCCUCUGGUGACUUAUGGAUAUGGCAUGCAUUUUUUGGAGCAUUUGGAACUUGCAAUGACAUCAACGUGUUGCAACGAUCUCUGGUAUUUGAUGAUUUCUAUCAAGGUAAAGCCCCUCAAGUGAACUAUACAGUCAAUGGGAACACAUAUAACAAAUGA